GCAACAUGAAUCACAGAUUUUAAAUUCAUUUUUGUUCAUGGGGGGGACUCUACUACAUUUCCCAUGAUGCCACAUAGCGGAAGUGGAAGUAGAAGGCGGAAGUAUGCGAAGAGUGAGCCGGCGGCCCUGUGAGGAUGGCCCGCUGCUGGAAGAGCAGGAGACGGAGGGCCAGCGGCAGCUCCACAGCCUCCUGCUGCAGCAGCUCCACACUGACGUGGAUAUUGACAGAUGUGUAGCAAAGAAGAAAUGCUUCGCCCCCGCAGCGCUCUAUCGGCCGUUUGGGGAACAGGCAGCCGGGGUGAGGAGUCUCUCCCAGUUUCAGGCCCUGCAGGACGGUGAGAGGGAGCUGGCCAGCCUACGGGAACUGGGCCUGACUGAAGCCGAGAUCCAGCUGUGGCAGAGCCGAGACGCUUCAGAGGGAGCAGAAAAGUCCCACGGUGUGUAUGCAGCUCCAGGUGUGAAGCACCAGCGCCUGCAGGUGAUCAGAGACAAGAUUGAGGCGCGGGCAGAGCUCCUGUCCCGCCCACAACGCUUCGCCUCGAGUCGGCCGCUGUCACGACGGGAGAUGGAGAUCGAGCAGGCGCUCUUCCAGGGAAAUGAUCGCCUGGGUUUUCUCACGGCACUUUACCACAGAGAUGAAGAAAACCAAGACGUCCAGCAGGGGGAGUCCUCCUCUGAUCCAAUGGACUCCCUCUACAGAGAUGUCCUCAGCAAGAAGAGACAAGCCUCACAAAACGACUCUCAGAGAGAAACAACUGCAGCAACACACACAGCUACACACAGAACUGAAUCUGACCAAUUACAGGACUCAGAGCAAGACAACAACCAAUCACAAGAAGCUCCUGAUCAUCAGCCAGAGCUACAAGCCGAAGAGCCGUCAGAGUCGAGUUCAGACGCCUCAGAGCAGCAGCAGCUCGCUCAGAACAGACCGGCUGCUCCGACCCGGAUUAGUUUAAAGCAGCCGAUCGGCAGUCUGUGCGGAGCGGGGACCGGGAGGUCAGGGGGACCGCUGACCGUCAGAGGGGAGAUAGAAACGAUCUCUGAUGAAGAAAUCCUGAACAAUCGAGAGUCUGAAGACGGGAUCCGGAGCAUCCAGAGGUUCAGAAACUACCAGCCGGGGAAACCCUCAAAGGUGCUGUGUGUAAAGAACCUGAGUCCUCAGGCGUCAGUGGCCCAGCUGGUGGCGCUGUUCUCCAGGUUUGAGCAGGAGACCGGCCCCUCAGUCAUUUACCGCCUGCUGACAGGAAGGAUGAAGGGUCAGGCUUUCAUCACGCUGCCAGACGCUGAAACGGCCCAGAGAGCCUUGCAGUUGGUUCACGGAUAUCGGUUGCUGUGGAAACCUUUGGUGGUUGAGUUUGGCCGUGAGCGUCAGGAAGAGGAGAAACAGAAGAACAAUUAAGACUUGACAAAUAUUUAUUCCUGAAAACAACGUUAACCCCCACACACUGUAAUCACAGGGUUAAAAGGAAGAAGAUGCAUAUUAUUUAAUUUUCAAGAGGAAGCGUUUGACUUUAAUAAAUGCCUCUGUUUUACAUAAA